GUUUGUAUUCAGCUUUAGGUUUAUAUGAACCUGUUAUCUAUUUGGAUGUCGAUGCUCCCUAUACUCAACAUUUCGCAUACCAAGAGAUAGAAUACGAUAACUCACAUACGAGAGUAAACACUACAUCGUGAAAACUGCAGAUAAAAAUCAUGAAAUUUUCGUGGCUUGUCCAAAUCAGGAUCCAGAUCAUCCUAAUACUUUUGCUAUACAAUCGACUGAGAUGGGUAAAGCGGCUGCCACUCCAAUUUGCGAACGUUCCGUUGAAUCUCAAAUUUACUUCACGAAUAAACCUGGGCGUUAUAGUGCCGUUGGAUUCUUGGUGAGGUUUUUAUUUCUGCGGGUCUUAUAUGUGUCUUGAAAUUUGUUUCUUCUUUAUGGUGUAAUCAGAAAAUACACGUAUGUAUUAUGUUCUGAAUUUAACCUUGACAGAUUUAUGCGCCGGAUAAAUCAUGGCCCGCUCAAGUUUUUGAUGUACCAGAGGUAAGACAAAGCAAUUAAUCUGGGAAAAUGAUUCAUCCGACCUUAUACCACUUGCUUUGUACGAGUACUAUAACCUGAUUAUUUCUCAUAGCAUCACCUCGUUGUCGGAUUAAUUCAGUUUAAAUUUAACACGUAUGAUGAACAAAUUGUAUCUUUGUGGUAUUUCAUCGUUGGAGGUAAAUUUCUGCAACCAGAAGUGACUCGUCAAAAGGACGAUCUCCUGAAAUUUCAGAAGAACUUAGAUAUUUACACGAACGACAUCGAUACUUUUUACUCUCCACGUAAUUGCCCAUUUGUCAAAGUACCUCUAGCUCCCGAAGAGGAUUUCCUCUUCGAUUACUGGAAAUCAGCCUCACGACAGAAUAUCUUCACUGCUCCAAUGUGGCAGGAUUUGCAAGCCCAAUGGCAAGAUUUAGAGAUAUUUAUACGAAAAGUAACUCAAGUUACCGAUUGGGUUGCCGUUGAAACUGGGAUUUACGGAGAGCUUACAAAGCUACCCGACGGUCGUCUACGUAAUCCUUUGUUUAAAAAUAUUGAGUGGCCAGAUGAUCAGUACCGUAUUCCCAGAUAUUUCUGGAAAAUUGUCGCUUUGCAACAGGAAUUCGAGGAUCAAAAUUAUAAUUACGGAAUCUUGUUCAUCAUGCACAAUGUUCCUAAUUUAGACCCGAAUAACGAAUGGCAUAUCGAAGAAAUCUGCAAGGAUUACAAGUCCGUUGAUUUAGGAUGGACGUUUUUACAAAAUGGUCAUUUUAAGAGUCCUAUGUACGGUUGUCCGAUGAAUGAUGGAACUUUAAGUUAUUUGGGUCAAAUGACUGACGAAAAAUUUGAAGAUUUCAAUUUGAAUUUAUUAUCGUUGUUGGAGGUUGAUGCUGAAGGUAAUGGAUACAUCAAAGAAGUAAAUGUUAUUCAGGAAAUGGAGAAGUUGACGAAGACUAUCGAUAGUGUUAAUUAAGAAUUUUGAUUUUUUUUUUAAUGAUAAUGAUUCAAUGAUUAGUGCUUCAUUUCUCAUAUUUUUUGAUUUUUUAAUGGGAAUAUUUUUCAGUUUAUCUUGCAAAACCAUUUGAUGUUUAAGUAUACACUUUUGAAAUAAAAUUUAAUUGUUCAUAUUUUCCCCUUUUUUUCUGGUAGCAAUAUAAUGGAAAAUUGUAUCAACCCAUCAUCAA